GCAACUCGUUCACCAGAGCUGAACCUCAGCAGAGAUAGCAGCAAGCAGGCCCUUACACGCCGCGCAGGCUAACUCGCUUUCGGCUUUGGUUCGAGAUGGGGACUCGUUGCACCGUGAGGCGCUCCAGCGCACGCAACUUUAAAGGUGGACUAUGUCUGUGGCUGAUUCUGUGGCUGGUGGUGGUGAAGCCGGGCGGGGUAUCUGCAUGUCCCAGGCUGUGUGUGUGUUACCCCACGCCCAUGACGGUCAGCUGCCAGUCCCAGAACAUCACCAUAGUGCCGUCCGGUGUGCCAUAUGACUCACAGCGUGUUUUCCUGCAGAACAACCGCAUCACAGAACUGCGUGCGGACUCUUUUGGCUUCGAGACACAGGUGCUUUGGCUAUAUGGCAACAACAUCACAUGGAUCGAGGCCGGGGCCUUCAGUAACCUCAGGGUGCUGGAGGAGCUGGAUAUGGGCGAUAACCCACUACAGCGCCUGGAAGGUGGAGCCUUCAGGGGCUUGGAGAAGCUGCAGAGCCUGCACAUGCAUCGGUGCAAGCUGGCCACUCUCCCCCAUGACCUCUUCCACAAACUGUACAGCCUGCAAUUCCUCUACCUGCAGGAGAAUCAGCUCCACUUUCUGCAGGAUGACCUGUUCUCAGAUCUGGUCAACCUCAACCACCUCUUCCUGCAUGGAAACCGCAUCCGUGCCCUCUCUGAGAAUGUGUUCAGAGGCCUGGUCAACCUGGACCGCCUCCUUCUCCAUGACAACCGUGUCAGGCAGGUCAACCGUCGGGCUUUCCGUGACCUGGGCCGCCUGACCAUCCUUUACCUGUUCAACAACUCCCUGGCCGAGCUGCCAGGCCAGGCCAUGACAGACACCCAAGGCAUCCAGUUCCUCCGCCUCAAUGAUAACCCCUGGUCCUGCGGAUGUGAGGCCCUUCCCCUUUGGGAGUGGUUCCGCAAGGCCCGCAUCUCCUCCUCUGAGCUCAUGUGCACCUCACCAUCCCAACGUCGCGGCCAGGACCUCAGAUUCCUCCGGGAGAUGGACUUCGCCCUCUGCCCUCUGCCUGACCCCGGCUCUCUGGCAGGAACCACCACGACCACCUUCAGCACCAAGACCCGCUGGUGGUUCUCCAAGCACAAGCCCGCAUCUUCAUCCAAGGCCUCAUACAAGAAGAGCAUUGAGGGAAAACCUCAGUACCUCCCCAAAACCCCCUCUGAAACCUUCUCCUCCAAGUAUGAACUGUCGGAGGAUGAGGUGGCGCUCCCCAAGCUGGACCAAGAAGAAUACUGGGCCAACUACGGAAACGAAGAUGCCUCCGUUCCCUGCUUCGACCUGGAGUGCCCCCCAGGCUACAACAACCCAGCCUUCCCCUCGUCCUCCUCCUUACCCAGCACCCCAUCCCUCCUCCGCCUCCUCUCCCUCUCCGUAGUCACAUUUUCCAUCCAUUUCCUUUUUGGCUGAACUCUUCUCUCCUCCUUUCCCUUUUUUCCCCUCUGAUUUCUCUUUCCAACUCUAACAACAACCUGGAUCGCGAUUCCUUUCAGUUACCUCCUCGACUUGCAGGAGGUACUACACUGAUGCAGCAGACAGACAGGCAGGCGAGGCAGCAGGGAGCUGUUGUAAAGAGCAGGGAUCCAUUGAGCUGAUGUAGAGCAGGGCAGGAUUUCAAUGUUGAAGUAGCUGCUGCUGAUUAGUACAGGCUUCAAAAAGCAGGGCUCAGAUCAUGGAAACUGACUCUGAUAGUGACGGUACUAAGGCAGAAACCUACAACAACAUGAGGAAAUGACAGAGACACAACACACACAGAGACAGUUGGUGAUGUCUCCAGAAGUUUUUUAAUAUCAGCUGUAAACAACGCAGGCGUUGUGGAUCAUCGACAGCCAUUUUCUAUAUCAAGUGCACAACAUCCACUCACCGCUUACGUUGUCCCUCAAUAAUUUCUGUCUUUCGCCGUGAAUAAAAGGGAUGGUUAAUGAUGCCAGAAUGAGCUUAAGAUAUGCAUCUAAAGGCGGAGAAGGAUGAGAGUAUCAUUACAACUGCAGCCAAGAGCGGCUCUCCUCUCUCCUUCAGAUUCAAAACCUUGUGGGAUCCCAGAGAUGCCAGCAAACCACCACCACCACCCACACUUGUACAAUACCACGCAUGAUACAAUCAUCCUAAACUGCUCUGUACUUUAGACUAGCUGGAUUUUUACUUUUCAUGUUAAUACCAUUCAGUUAACGACAGCUUGUGGUGAUAGAAGAGAUACUUAGAUUGUAAAUGGAAGGCAAACCAAUGAAAAGUGGAAACUCCUCUUUUUGCCCCUCGCUUUUUUUUGUCUCGUCUUCUUCUCUCAAGCAACCGACAAAUGUUGUGCUCCUGGUUCUGAGUUUGUCUGUGUGUGGGAUUCAGUUUUUGUUGACCAAUAACCAAAGUCCUGAGAAGACCAGUUUGAUCAGGUCUUCUCUUAAAAUGCCUGUGAGUGUGUGCCUGUUUUUCCUUUGGAAUUAUGGCUCUUGUUUGUUUGUCCAAACUGACACAGAACAAGGCAAAAACAACAUCAAGGCUGACUCAUUUACAGUCCUUUGUGUUGUUUGAUGCCUCGGGUAUCUGUUCCUGCUAGCUCCUGUUACAUUACACACUGACCUGUAAUUCGUCUGUCAGUGUGCAUAUGUAAAAGGUUGCAUGUAUUUCCUCUCAGCUCGGAUUGAAAGUUGAAAAAAUCCCACAGAUAAACUACUAGGACCCAGGGUUUGAAAACUGUUUCAUUUCAGAAAUGCAUGGGAAUGUGUCUGCUUUAUCUGAACACAUUUGGUAAAUCGAAGGAUUUCAUCUGAUUUUUGUAUUGUAUGGUACGAGAGACCAUAAACAGACCACAAGGACAAUCAAGCUGUCAUACAUCAAAUCAUCUCUUUCAUAUUAAAGCUGUAUUUUAUAAGAUAACCUUUCUGACUUGAAGGAUAUUGUGACACUGAUAGUCUGUAUUUUUUAAAAACUUGUUGGGAAAGUGUUUUGCUUUACUAAAAUAAAUAAACAA